AUCAUCUCCUACAAAAAUAAAAUCCAAAAAUCCAAAAAAAAAAAUAAAAAAAAAUCCUGUUUUUUUUUCGAGUUGUUCAUUGAUGACAUUCCGCUCAUAAAUAGGUUCACAUCGAGCAAGAAACUCAGAGCGUUACGUCGGUAGAAAGAGUUUUAAAUAGCUCUGUGUUUUUCGAUAUGGAUUGUGCAGUUAACUGGGAAUAUAAGACACUUAUAAAUGAGUUAACUCAAGGUAUUGAACACACAAAACAACUUAGAGCUCAUUUCAGCUCUGUUGAUUCGACUAUCCAAAAUCAAGAGCUGCUACUUCAGAAGAUACUUUCAUCUUAUGAGCAAUCUUUGUUGAUUCUCAAAUGUAGCGUUGGUGGCUCGAUGGUUCAAUCAUCGUCGGCUAUGAUGCCGACGUGUGGUGUCAUUGAAUCAUCAGUGGUGUCUGUCUAUGGAAGUCCAAAGAGCGAUGACAAGAAACGGAGUUUCCAAGAUCAUCAUGAGGUUAUCGAUAUUUCAAAGAAGAGAAAAUUGCAGCCCACGUGGACCGAACAAGUCAAAGUCAGCCCAAAGAGCGGAUUUGAAGGUCCUACCGAUGACGGAUAUAGCUGGAGAAAGUACGGCCAGAAGGAUAUUCUUGGAGCUAAAUAUCCGAGAAGCUACUACAGAUGCACGUAUCGUCACAUGCAAAAUUGUUGGGCAACGAAACAAGUGCAGAGGUCAGACGAUGAUCCGACUGUAUUCGAUGUCACAUACAGAGGCUCUCAUAGCUGUCAUCACGCUACUUAUUACGUACAACAAUCAACAUCGCCAGAGAAACGAGAAUUCAAGAAAGAGGCCGUUUAUCAAAACAGGCAGAAUUAUUCAACUCAAGCGUUGAUGAGUUUGAGAGCAAACCUGAGAGUCGAUACGAACGACUUGGACAAGAAUGAGCAAGCAGCAUGUCAUUUCUCCUUUCCUCCAACAUUUUCUUCUGGUUUGACAGACGAAAAUCAUCGACGUUUCCAGAUUUCCCAUGUCGAUGAAAAUCUGAUAGGUAGCGGCUAUUCAGCGUCUUUUGUCUCUCCUACAACUCCUGAAUCGAACUACUUCUCAGUGUCGAGCAGCAGCCAGAUGAAUGGUUACGGAAUGAUUCAUAACUUGAACCAUUCGGAAUCAGACCUCACCGAUAUAUUCUCAGCCAACACUUCCACAACGAGUUCUCCAAUUGUUGGCGAUUUUUCACUCGACAAUUUGGAGCUAGAUACAAACUUUCCAUUCAACAAUCCAAAUUUUUUCUCAUGAACCUUAGCUAGUACCCUCGAAAAAGGACAAUAAACACGAGUAGUUCGGAUGUUAUCACCGAGUUACUUUACUGAGGUUGAUGAAAUUAGUAUAGAUAUGAUUGUAAAAAUUAACAACGUACUAGCCACGGAUUAGAGACUAGCUAUGAUAUUUGUAUCGAUAGUCUAUUAUGUCAACGGCUGAAAUUUCCAGUCACUUGACAUCAAGCUGCAAAGUGAAAUAAAAACAUAUUCUUGGUUGUUGUA